AUGUUUACUUCAAGAGCUUCUGUUUUGUCAAGAUGCUGCAGAGGGCCGAGGUUACCUCGAACUCGCUAUUUUCAUGACCUACAUAGCUCCCCUCAGAGCAAAUUCUUGAAGGUAUCAGAAGAGGUCCGUGAUGCGGUUGCAACGGGCAAGCCCGUUGUCGCGCUAGAGACGACCAUUUACACUCAUGGCUUUCCAUAUCCUGACAACAUUGCUUUGGCAUCUCUUUUGGAGUCCGUCGUUCGUGCCAACGGCGGUGUCCCUGCGACUAUAGGUGUGCUCGGGGGUGUUGCCCGUGUUGGUAUGAGUGCAGAGGAGAUCAUGGAACUCGCCUCGACAGCUGAGAAGAAGACUGCACUGAAAGUCUCUAGGCGGGACCUGGGCUACAUCUGUGGCAUGGGUCUUGCUGGAAAACCUAUUCACGGUGGCACUACUAUCUCUGGCACUAUGAUCCUCUCGCAACUUGCUGGUAUCAAAAUCUUUGGAACAGGCGGACUAGGUGGCGUUCACCGUGGAGGUGAAUAUUCCAUGGACAUUUCUGCCGAUCUGACAGAGCUGGGAAGGACCCCAGUGACGGUGAUCAGUUCCGGGUGCAAGAGCUUUUUGGAUAUCCCCCGUACACUCGAGUACCUUGAGACUGAGGGUGUCUGUGUGGGCACCUUUGCCGAUGGACGUGAGGGCUCCGUUGAUUUCCCGGCUUUCUUCACCCGAGACAGCGGAUUCCGCAGUCCACGAGUGAUUCAGAAUGAAGCCGAAGCUGCUGCGAUCGUUUACGCACAAUCCAAGCUUCCUGUCACCUCUGGAAUUCACUUCGCUAAUCCUGUGCCCCUGGAGGCUUCUGUCCCCAAGGCCGAAAUGGAUGCAGUAAUUGAAGAGGCGGUUCGCCUUGCAGAUGUAGAAGGCUACCAUGGCAGUGAUAACACUCCGUUUGUUCUCGCUAAAAUUAAGGAGCUGAGCGGCGGAAAGAGUGUGGUUGCUAACCGUGCUCUUAUCGAGUCCAAUGUCAAACGUGCGACUCGCGUUGCUGUGGAACUAGCUAAACUCGAGGAACUUGACCGAGGAAGUGCAGCUCAACACAUGCCUUCAUUCCCGAGUAUUCCUCGGUCAGAUCAAACUGCUCCGACGCAGCCUGAGCCUGAGCCCGUUUCAAACAUUCCCCAAGUGGUCGCUUCUGAGACAGAAAAUGCAGAUGUAGUUGUUGCCGGCUCCCUUGCCAUCGAUCUGUCCUGCGACUACACUCCAUUUGGCAACGAGAGCGUGCAGGUGGCACCUGUACCACACACUUCCAAUCCCGCUGUUAUCGGGCAGAGCCUCGGAGGCGUCGGCCAUAAUGUCGCGCUUGCAGCCAGCUAUGUCGGUAGCGAUGUCCUCUUCUGCAGUGUUGUAGCAGACGACCUAAGUGGACGAGCAGCACUCGCAUCACUCGAAACGGAAGGUCUCAGCACCGCGGGCAUCCAAGUCCUUCCACCAACAUCCGGUACUCGCACAGCUCAGUACAUCGCCAUCAAUGACGCCAAGAAGGAUCUCCUCGUCGCAAUGGCCGACAUGGGAAUCGUUGAAUUACCGGAGAAACAACUCGAUUUCGACGGCUUCUGGGAACCUUUACUCGAAAAAGCCAAACCGAAAUGGCUUGUUGUCGACGCCAAUUGGCGGCCCGAGGUGCUAGCGAAAUGGACCACCCUUGCCAAGAAGCAUGGUGCUCGUGUUGCGUUCGAACCUGUGUCCACUGCUAAAUCCCGUCGUCUAUUCACUCAAAAUGGCGACAGCGCGGUUAUCGGGCCCACGCAAACCGUCCCCAAUCACGCUGUCAGCCUCGCCUGUCCUAACCGUCUCGAACUAGGUGCUAUGUACGCAGCUGCCCGUGAAGCUCUGCUUUUCGAUUCCCCGGGUUGGUGGGCUGUCAUCGACGCCAUGGGCAUGUCACAGGGCGGCUCACGACAACGUCUGGUCUACCUCACGUCUGCCGCUCUGGUGGAUGAAGGUAUUCCACAGCAAUCCAUUCAGCUCCUUCCAUUCAUUCCCUGCAUCGUGACGAAGCUGGGUGAGGCUGGUGCUCUUUUGACACAGCUUUUACCUCCUGGUGAUUCCCGUCUAACGGACCCCGCUUACGCACCGUAUAUCAUUGCGCGCGCGUCUCCGUCUCCGGAUGUAUCAUUUGGUGGAGUCUAUAUGCGUCUAUUCCCGCCAGCUGCUAAGUUGUCUCCUGAAGACAUUGUUAGCGUUAAUGGUGCCGGUGAUACCCUGUUAGGUGUUGUAGUGGCUGGUUUGGCAAAGAUUGAUUCCCCAAUGCGUAUUGAGGAUGUCCUUGCGUUGGCACAGGAGGCUAGUCGGAGAACCCUCGCUAAUGCCGGUGGUGUUAGUAAAGAGCUAAUGAGCUUGCGAGGCUCACUUGGACUAUGA